AUGAUCUCGGAUUUUCAGAGAGAAAUUGCGAAUAUUUUGCCAAAUGAUUUUAAAAUGAGCCGAUUGGAUCCCAUGGAUACACAACAAAAAGUCAGUUUAUUUUUUCAAUGGAUGAAAAUUGGAAAAAAUAAGGAAAUAUUUUGUUUUCGAUUUCGUUUCUAUGGAUUUCGUGACUAAAAUCUCAUGAUUUUCAAAAUAGGAUUACUGUAAUUUCAAAUAUCCUAUUAAAAUGUGAUUUUCAGAAUUCUUACUGUAAUAAUUUUAUUCUUGCAGAUGAUCACAGUCUCGCCAAGUGAUUCUGUCGAUCCUUCCGAAUCUCGAAAUAUUUUUAUUCUUGGAUUAUGUGUUCUUUUUGGAUGGAUGAUUGUGAUUUUGAUUUGUGCCUCGCCUCAUGUUAGUUUUGGUCUAAUUUUUUUCUAAAAACUAAUAUAGAAAAACUAAAAUUGAAAAAUUGUCAGUGUUUUAUUAAAAUUUGGUAAAAAGUUUAGAGUUCUAUAAAAAUUCAAUUUUUCAAACUACAGUAGCUGAAUCAUAAAAAUGUUUUAAAACCCUUCCACGAAAAAACCAUUUUCAGCUUUUCCGAAACUAUCUCAAAAAAUGGAUAUUCAAACAUGACGAAGAUGCAGUGACGGAAAAAAUUCGAAAAGCCGAAGCUCGUCUUCAAGAAACUCUUCGACUUGCACAAAAACCAUCAACAUUUCUUGUUGAUCAAGCAGCGCUGAUGACGACAAUUGUUCAAGAAGAUGAAAAACCAAUUGAAGUGGGUUCGCUUUCCAAAUUUGAUAUUCUAAAAAUAAAAAAAACAGGGAACCGAAUUCUGUGUGAAAAAUUAUAAUUGUAUACAAUUUGCAACACGUUUUUUUUCAAAAUUUUGGACUAAAAUUUUUGAAACUUCGUGAAUUACAGUAGAGUUUCCACAAAAAUUAAAAUCAACUGUAUAUUUUUGCAGACUCGUAUACCAUUAGGUCUUGUUGAAGAAGAAGACGAAGAUGAAUCACAACAAGAACCAACAACUUCAACAAAUCUAUCCUGA